AUAGGUGUUGGCGCUGCAGCAAACACGGAGCUACAGCGAGAGACCAAAUGGCAGGAAUGGAGUUGCCCAGGGAAUACGGAUACGUGGUGCUGGUGCUUGUCCUCUAUACCUUCCUAAACUCCUGGAUGGCCUCCAAAGUUGGCAGAGCCCGGAUUAAGUACAAGGUGCCUUAUCCGACCCUUUAUGCCAUUGAGUCCGAAAACAAGGAUGCCAAGCUCUUCAACUGCGUUCAGAGGGGACAUCAGAACUCGCUGGAGUUGAUGCCGGUGUUCUUUGCGAUGCUGCUCCUGGGGGGACUUCGGCAUCCCCUCGUUGCGGCUGGAUUUGGAAUUGAUUACACCAUCGCUCGCUUCUUCUAUUUCACGGGCUAUUCCAGUGGAAUUCCCGAGAAUCGUUUGAAGAUGCUGGGACUCAGAAUCGUGCCAUUCUUUGGUCUGAUGUCACUGUCGGGCCUCACCAUUUGCACCGUUUCAUUUGGGAUCAACAUUCUUGGUUUACAUUAACUGAUUAGCAUGAGCUAGUUGUGGCUCGUUUUGGUGGUGUUCUGUGAUCGUAAUUUGAUGAUGAAAGAUGAUGCUUUGUGUUGUAUUAUGGCAUGUAAACUGAAAUUAAAAUAGUAUUUGAUACAGUGUCCGAGGUUCUUUUUAA